AUGAAGUCCUCGCUUUUGCUACCGUUAUGCACCGCAGCGCUGGUCGCUGCCGUCUACCCUCCGCAGGUCGUGUUGGGGAACUCGCAGGCGCCCAUGGCCGAGACCGAGAAGUACCUUGUCGAGCUGGCACCGGGAGAUACUCAGUGGGUCACGGAAGACGAGAAAUGGGCUUUGCGUCGCAAAGGCAUCAACUUCAUGGACAUUACGGACAACGCAGAGCUCGGCGCCCUAAACAGCAAGUACGGGGCACGAAGCGUCAAGUUCCCCGAAAAGAUUGCUCAGAACAAGACCGUUGCGCCGCUCCUCAAGCAGCUCGAGAAGAACAACAUGCGCAAGCACCUAGAGGUCUUUACGUCCUUCCACACGCGGUACUUCAAGUCGAGAACGGGGGCACAGUCUUCUGCAUGGCUGCUCCAGCAAGUCAACGACACAAUCGCGAAGAGUGGAGCCUUUGAUCACGGCGCAUCGGUAAAGGCUUUCUCCCAUCCUUGGGGCCAGUCUUCCAUCAUCGCAACGAUCCCUGGAAAGAGCAACAAGACCGUUGUCAUCGGGGCCCACCAGGACAGCAUCAACCUGUUCCUCCCUUCCAUUCUCGCAGCCCCUGGAGCUGACGACGAUGGAAGCGGCACCGUUACCAUCCUUGAAGCUCUGCGCGUGCUCCUAAAAUCUGAGGAUAUUGUCAAGGGCGAUUUUCCUAAUCAGCUGGAGUUCCAUUUCUACUCAGCAGAAGAGGGCGGGCUGCUCGGCUCCCAGGCAAUCUUCCAGUCGUACGAAAAAGAAGGCCGUGAUAUCAAGGCCAUGCUCCAACAGGACAUGACCGGCUACGUCCAGAAGACCAUCGACGCGGGCGAACCUGAAUCUGUCGGCGUGGUCACUGAUUUUGUCGACCCUGGCCUGACCGAGUUUAUCAAAGAAAUCAUCAAACAGUACUGCGACAUUCCCUAUGUGCUCACGAAGUGCGGCUACGCUUGUUCCGACCAUGCCAGCGCCAGCAAGGCUGGAUACCCGGCGGCAUUUGUGAUCGAGGCAGACUUCAAAUACUCCGACAAUCGAAUCCAUACCACCGAAGACACGAUUGACAUUCUCUCUUUCGACCACAUGCUGCAGCAUGCUAAGUUGACGCUGGCGCUGGCCUACGAGCUGGCGCUGCACAAGUUCGAAUCCUAG